AUGGUUGCCAAGACGGUUACUCUCGCCAGCACGGCGAUACUUGCUCUGGCCAUCGCUUCACCUAUGGAGAAGCGCCUCGAAAAUGGCCUGGGUCGCACGCCAGCGCUGGGGUGGAACAGCUGGAACGUUGCGCAAUGCAACGCCGCGACUGAGGCCUUCGCCCUGGACACGGCCAAUCGCUUCAUCAGCAUGGGGCUCAAGGACCUGGGCUACACGUACGUCAACAUCGACGACUGCUGGAGCACCAUGCAGCGCAACUCGUCGGGCUACCUGGUCGCGGACCCCAAGAAAUGGCCGCGAGGCAUCAAGCCUGUCGUCGACGAGAUCCACGCCAAGGGCCUCAAGUUCGGCCUGUACGGCUCCGCCGGCACCAAGACGUGCGCCGGCUACCCGGCCUCGCAGGGCUUCGAGCGAAAGGACGCCCAGCUGCUGGCCGAGUGGGGCGUCGACUACUGGAAGCACGACAACUGCUACACCCCCUGCCGCCAGGGCCUGCCCCAGACCUGCCCGGAGGAGCAGGUGGUGGGCAACACGAAGACUUGGUACGGCACCAUGCGCGAUGCCGUCCUGGCCACCAAGAAGCCCAUCUUCUUCAGCCUGUGCAACUGGGGUCGCGAUCGGGUCUGGGAGUGGGGCAAGGACUACGGCAACUCGUGGAGGAUGAGCAUCGACAUCUGGAACGACUGGGCUUCAGUCAUCAGGAUCGGGUCCGCCGCGGCAGGGAUAGCGCAGUACGCGGCCCCGGGAGGUUUUAAUGACCUGGACAUGAUGCAAAUCGGCAACGGCGCCCUCAACGCAGCCCAGGAGCGCACCCACAUGGGAAUAUGGGCCAUCGCCAAAUCCCCCAUCAUCCUGGGCACGGACCUGUCCAAGAUCUCGGCCUCGUCGCUGGCCAUCGUCAAGAACAAAGGCAUCAUUGCCAUCAACCAGGACAAGCUCGGGAAGGCAGCCACCUACUUCCAGCCGCCUGGAAAGCCUGCCCCGGUCAACGGUCAGCUGUACCCUUACUGGGCAGGUCCGCUCAGCGACGGCGUCGCCAUAGGCCUCACCAACGCCAUGGGCACGGGCCGCCAGACCCUCGCCGUCGACUUCAAGGAUGUCCCAGGCCUCGGGGCGGGCACGUGGUCGUGGACUGAGAUGUACAGCGGCAGAACGGGGACGGGUACGGGUGUGAGCUUCGACCUGGAGAGGUACGAUAUGGCUGUCUUCAAGGUGACGAAGCCUAGGACCGCAGAGAUGGUUAACCAAGCUGAUGGCGCCUCUGUGUCGUUUGGGAUGUCGUGA